AUGGAGGAGGACAGUGACGACUUGUUCGCGGAUGUGGUGCUGUCGCCCAAGGACCACGAUGAGGAGGAGAAGAGGAAGCGACGGGCUGCCGAUAGCAGCAGCAGCAAAGGGAAGAAGGCAACAGUUGCCAAAGGUGUUGUUGGCGACGAUGAGCGAAAUACGGACAACGCGUGGGUGGAGACAACGGUGCUGAACGCGCACGGGAACGGCAGCGUGCUCAACGUGUUUCCGCCAACGUUCACACUGCAAUGGGGCGGUACGUCGCUCAAGUUUCGGUGGCUGCCAAUCCACCGCGCGCUGGCGUGCCGUCACCACGUGCUGAAGGAGGCGGCGGUGGCCGUUUGCCAGCAGCGGUCGUCACACAUCCCAGAUGCCGUUGACAGCACGCAUCUCACGUACUCGCUGCUCACGCACGACAUUCACACCCCGCUGAGGGACGUGCAUUCGCCGGCGCUUGUUGGACACGUGGAUGUGCAGAGCGUCACGUACAGUGGCAGUGUGUCCCCCACAGCGCCAGCCACCACAACUGUCGCAUUGUCGACCGCAGCAGCAGAGACAAGCGAUGCAGCACACACGUCACCACCACCACCACCACCACGAACAACACCAGCAACAGCAGCACAAGAAACAGCAACAGCAGCACAAGAAACAACAACAACAACGACAACAGGAACAGACAAGCUGGUGCGGACUGGCAGCAGCAGCGGCGACGGUAGUGGCGGUGAUGAUGAUGGUGCUUUGGAGCGUGGUCGUGCAGUUGCUGAACACACAGAAAGGAGCCUCACAUUGUCGUCGUCACUUCAGCGGCGUGAUGUGGAUGGCGCACGCAAGGGGAAGACAGGGGCUGACAGCGAGUUGGCAGAUGUGUUGGCCAAGCGGCUGCAUAUCUGCGAUGAGGAGGGAGAGCUGCGUGUUGGCGCUGGUGGUGGUGGGCAGCUUAAUCGCGCAAACGCAGCGGAGAGACAGGGGGCAGCGAGGAGCGCACAGCAGCCACAACAACAACAACAACAACAACAACAACAACAACAACAACAACAACAACAACAACAACAACAACAACAACAACGACAACAACAACAACAACAACAACAACAACAACAACAACAACAACAACAACAACAACAACAACAACGACAACAACAACAACAACAACAACCACAGCAACAACAACAACCACAGCAACAGCAACAUGGUAUUGAUGUCAAUGUUGCUUCGAUGCCAUUGUGGAAGCAAGAGUUGAUGGAGCGACGAAGAAACCGCUCGGCCACAAUCACGGGCGGAACACCAGAGCGGGCACGCCCACAGCACCAUGACGGCAGCAACAGUAACAGUAACAGCAGUGGCGAUGCGCGCGGAAGUGCACACGAAGAGCCGUCGUGGUUGGUCGAGCUGAGGCGACGAAGGCAGAAGCACUCUGAAUUGCACAUUCAGGCACCACCUUCACCCUCGCCCACACCAUCUCAGCAGCAACAGCAUCUGCAGCCGCAGCAGCAUCUGCAGCCACAACGUUCGGACGGUGCCGCGUCACACAGCAAGCGCGGUGGUGGUGAUGAUGGCAAUGUGCAUGGUGAACACGGUGAUGGUGGUGGUGAUGAUGAUGCGAGGGAGAUGCAGGCGCGUGUGAUUCGACGCGGGAGUGUAUGUGAUCGAUUACAGAUGUGGGAGCACGCGUUUGAUUGA